AUGACCAUCGGCACCGUCGCCUCGCUCGGACAGCUCAUAGCAUACAUGUCGGCCAGCAUGAUCGCUCCGGCGCUAGGCGACAUCGAACGGGAACUACACACAGAUGUUGCCACUGUGCAGGUAGAAAUGUUGGUAACCUUUCUGGGGUUUGGUCUUGGUCCGUUCGUCUUCGCCGUCUUGGCUGAGGCCUUUGGCCGGCGACCUGUGUGGAUGAUAGGUAACAUAUGGUUCAUUCUCUGGAACGCCAUCGCCCCUUUAGGGAGCUCGACGGCGCUGAUGAUAUUUGCUCGGUUGAUGGCAGGCAUAGGUGCCAGUGUUGGCAUUAAUCUCGCCUUCCCCAUUAUGGCGGACAUGUUCCGCGAAGAAGAGCGUGGCAAAUCGAUGGCCAUUGUAUCACUUCUUACCUAUGCCGGUCCGGCACUAGGACCUAUCCUCGGAGGAGUUGUAACGCAGCUUCUUCGCUGGCAGUGGAUCUUCUGGAUCUUAAGUAUACUCAACACCAUUGUUACCAUCAUCGGCGUCUUCUUACUUGAGGAAACUUAUACACCGGUUCUCCUCCGCCGCAAACAUGCAGCACAAACUUCUACCGCAGUCUCCUCGACAUUCCCGCUAUGGAAACCCUGGGAAUCCAUGAGAUCUGCCCAUGAACAAGCCAACCUGACUGAGGUCUUCCUUCGCCCAAUACGACUAUACUGGACCCGUCCCAUCAUCUACUUCAUGGCAGGGCUCCUAGCCCUCGACAUGGUUGCUAUCGGUGCCACUAUCAAUGGCCAAUUCGGCUCUUGGCUCAUGGACCGCCUCUACGCGCGACUUACACGUCGCAAUAACGGCGUCGGCAAGCCCGAGUUUCGCAUCCCAUACCUGGUCCCUGGCCUCAUCCUCAUGCCCGCCGGCCUUCUCUGGUACGGAUGGUCCGCACAUUAUACCCUCCACUGGGUCAUGGUCGAUUUCGGCGUCGCGGUAUUCACGAUGGGCAGCUUUACAACUGCACAAGCAGUGAACGCGUAUCAGCUAGGUGAGUUCUCAGAGCACAGUGCGAGCGCGAUGGCGGCGUCGUGCUUGCUGCAGAAUGUUAUUGGAUUUGUGCUGCCUAUAUUUGCGCCCCAGAUGUACAAGGCCCUCGGGUAUGGGUGGGGGAAUAGCUUGGUGGCGCUCAUCAUGCUUUGUGUGGGAUUGCCUAUGGCGGGAGUGUUGUGGUACUAUGGAGAGAGGAUCAGGAAGGUUGGGAGGAAGGUGUAG